UUACGACCCCCGCCCUCACAACGCGAGCUGGCGAUGCGGCGCCCUACCCCAGGGUAGUCGGCCGCCGGCCCCACCAUGCGGGGAGGGUGGGGUGAUGCGACAUUUGGGGGACUGACCCCGCAGUCACAUCACCUCCCCGGGUUUUUUCUCUCUCUCUCUUCGCUGUCUUGCAUGAUUUAUGUGUAAUUUAUGUUCUCUGUACCUACGUGCCUGUGAUGCUGCUGCAAGCAAGUUUUUCAUUGUACCUGUACCCCACCGUACUUGUGCACAUGACAGUAAACUCGACCUGACAGUUGCCCCGGGAUUUGCUCGGAGGGCCGCGCUGUUGGCAACUUGUGGCUAGUCCUGGGUACAAGGGGCGCCCACGCCGAUUGUUUACUGUUCCAGAGCUUCCUCCCAUCCGAGGGCCCGCGGGUGGAGACCAGAGACAGCCUCUUUGACGCUUGCCAGCUGGGGCUCUGUCGGUAGUUCUCAUCUCCCCCGAGUCAGCAGUCCCACUUUAGAGACUGAACAACGAAAUCUAGGCUGGAUUGCAUUUUCAACUGCUUCGCCCGUUGCAGUGUUGCUUUAUCAAAGCUGCUGCUUUUUGGAUGAGAUGUUAACCCCAGGCUCUCUCGGAUGGACUUGGAAAUGGUCGUCCAGUUUCCAAGAAGGGCAGGGAAGGUCUCUGGUGUCCUGAACUUAACUGUAGAGGAGGUGACUUCAAGACACCACCAAAAUGGCAGGCUCCUCCAGGGAACACGUGUCUUACGUACGGCGCCGGAACCCUCAGCUUCGCUAUACCUUGAGUCCCGAAAAUUUGCAGAGCUUGGCUUCUCAGAGCACCAGGUCAGAGAACUUGAACUUCCACAGGGCAAACAGUGAUACGGAUUUGGUGACUUCGGACAGUCGCUCCAGCCUGACAGCUAGCAUGUAUGAGUACACGCUUGGACAAGCAGAGAAUCUAAUUAUCUACUGGGAUAUUAAAGAAGAAGUGGACCCCACUGACUGGAUUGGACUCUAUCACAUAGAUGAGAUCUCUCCAGGAAAUGUCUGGGACUCCAAAAAUCGGGGUGUAAAUGGAACCCAGAAAGGGCAGAUUGUGUGGCGGAUUGAGCCUGGUCCAUACUUUAUGGAGGCUGAAACUAAAAUCUGCUUUAAAUACUACCACGGUGUAAGUGGAGCACUGCGAGCCACCACCCCAUGUAUUACAGUAAAAAACUCGGCUACUAUGACUGGAGUGGAUGAAAUGGGGGAAGGUGGAUUAAAUGGCCAGAACAAUCGAAAACUUGUCAGAUUCACGUUAUCGGAUAUCCGAGCUGUGGGACUCAAGAAAGGGAUGUUUUUCAAUCCAGAUCCAUAUCUAAAAAUGGCCAUUCAGCCUGGGAAAAAGAGCACUUUCCCCACUUUUGCUCAUCAUGGACAAGAGAAGCGAUCAACAAUAGUGGCAAACACAACAAACCCUAUUUGGCAAGGAGAGAAAUACUUUUUUGUGGCACUUCUCACAGACGUACUGGAAAUCGACGUUAAAGACAAGUUUGCCAAGAGUCGGCCUAUUAUAAAGCGCUUCCUGGUAGCCAAUCACGUGGAACUUUGUAAAAUGCGUGUUGGAAAUCAAGUUAUACCAAUCAUAAGACUUUCCAUGGUGCACUUGACACGUCACCUCCUUAAAGGAGUCAAAGAGGUUCAUCAGGCAGGAUCAUCCCUGCUGUUUACUAGGUUGUUGCGUCACAGGGACCAGAUUGUAAACUACAACCUGUGCAGGAGACUUCCAACUGAUCAUGUCAGCGGUCAGCUUCAGUUCCGGGUGGAGCUCACAUCAACUACUCACGAAGAUGCUUCCCCUGAAACCUUGGGUGCUUACCUUGGAGCCAAUGGUGUAAAUGGAGAUUUGGGCAGUCCAUCCGAUGACGAAGAUAUGCCAGAUCCAUCAGUUUCAGCAGUACAUCCUGGCCAGAUGCAAGUUUUUGUAAAUGGAUCUACACAGAAAGAAAGUGGAGCUGUGCACCUUCCAAGUGCAACCAGCAAAAUUGGACUUCUGGAUGGUGCAUUUGCAGUACACGGUGAACCUUCAUUAACAAGACAUUCAACCUAUCGCCAAGAAUCGCUGAAUGAUUAUCUUGACACAGUCAAUGGUAAUGAAAGUAUUAAGUCAAGCUUGGCGGAAGCUCACCUGCAUCAGGUUGGACCCUCUCCCAAACUGAGAAGCAGUUUCCCUACAGACACGAGAUUAAAUGCAAUGCUUCACAUCGACUCAGAUGAGGAAGACCAUGAUCUUCAUCCAGAGCUGGGUUGUGGGUUUCACAUAGCAGAGGAGAGUGAGGAAAACGGCAUACAAUUUAAGUGUGCUUCUGGAAGCAGUAAGCACUUGGGCACUCAGCAGUACACCAAUGGGGAUCAGCAUGGCUUUAGAAGGUCUUCUGACUCUCAGAUAAAUCUAACUGUAACUGAAGGGGUAUCAGCCUCGGAUGCAGUGGACCAACAAUUAUCAGACUCUGAGUACAAGAAUUUUCAUGAGCUGGUAUGCAGUCUUUCUUCAGUAGCACAAGUUGGAGGGGAGGACGAACAGGACAGUUGUGAGGGACAGGGCAGUAGUGACAUUGUUACUAGCACAUGUCAAGAAGAUCAACAACUUCCAGAGACGUCUAGGCCUGCAGAUGAUCAAACCGUUGACACUGGAGGCAGUGCAGAGAGAUUACUCGCACAAACAGAAUCAGUAGAUCGAACUUCAGAACCGUCCCAAGUGUCUUCAGAGAAUGAGCAAAGUGAUGCAACCCGUACAGAGAGUGUCAGUGAAGCCAGCACUAGACCAGAAGGAGAGAGUGAUCUGGAAGGGGCUGACAGCUCGUGCAAUGGGAGUGGCUACACCACAAGGGUCUCUUCUUCCGUCGGGAGCGCCACACGAUUUUCCUCCUUUGAAAGUGCCAGGUUCUCAGAAACCCCAGCCUUCUCUUCUCAGGAUGAGGAAGAUGCUGCCUGUCCAACUGAUCUGGUAGCUGAUGGUCCUGCAGACAUCCAAGAUUCUGAUGGGGCCGCAGAUGUUCCAGUAGCUGAAGAAACGGAAAGCAGCCAUGAUGCACCGCAGCAGAUGCAAGAGCCCGCUGAAGUGGAUGCAUUGCCCUCCGUAUCCGAGACAGAGGAAAUAUGGCAGAGGAGGAGUUUGCAGAUGGCGGCAACAUCAGCAGAUGACCUGUCACAAGAAGAAGCCAGUGUACCUACUACCACAACUCCAGAGGAACCAGGUGAAACAACAGCAGAGACCGAAGGGGCUGUUGUUCCAGAUUCUCCAUCAAGCAGUCACCAGCCUUUGAGAUCCUUACCCUCAGUGCGGCAAGAUGUUACCCGCUAUCAGCGUAUUGAUGAACCGCUACCACCAAACUGGGAAGCCCGCAUUGACAGCCACGGACGCAUCUUCUAUGUGGACCACGUGAAUAGGACAACCACUUGGCAAAGACCCACAACUCCUGCACGUCAGCAAAUUGUUCAGCGUUCAAAUUCAAUCCAACAGAUGGAGCAGUUGAAUAGAAGAUAUCAGAGUAUUCGCCGAACAAUGACUAACGAGAGGACUGAGGACAUCGGCCAAGCCAGUUGUGUUGACGCAGGAGGUGAAAGCCAUUUUGCUCAUUUUAGUUCAGAUUUCAGGAGAGACCCUACAUUCUCUCACUCUGCAACUCGCACCCGGAUGAAUUUGCUCCUGCAGUCUCCUCCUGUCAAAUUCUUCACCAGCCCGGAAUUCUUCACAGUGCUGCAUUCAAACCCUCGUGCCUAUCGAAUGUUUUCAACCAACACGUGCUUGAAACACAUGAUCACCAAAGUAAGGCGAGAUGCCCAUAACUUUGAACGCUAUCAGCACAAUCGAGACCUGGUGGCAUUCCUGAACUUAUUCGCUAAUAAACAGCUGGAGCUCCCAAGAGGCUGGGAAAUGAAGCAUGACCAUCAGGGGAAGCCCUUUUUUGUUGAUCACAAUUCCCGCAGCACCACUUUCAUAGACCCGAGACUCCCUCUUCAGACUGCCAGACCCUCAAUUGCAUUAGUUCAUCGGCAACACUUACAAAGGCAGCGCAGCCACAGUGCUGGUGAGGUGGCAGAUGAUUCUCGCCAUCCAGGGCCCCCAGUUAUGCCCAGACCAUCCAGUACAUUUGGUACCAUCAGUCGAAACCAUGGUCAGGACCUGGUGCCAGUUGCUUACAAUGAUAAAAUUGUAGCAUUUCUGCGUCAACCAAACAUCUUUGAAAUUCUUCAAGAGCGCCAGCCAGACCUUAUCAGGAAUCACUCACUCAGGGAGAAGAUUCAGUUCAUCAGAAGCGAGGGAACGAGUGGACUGGGGCGAUUAUCCAGUGACGCAGAUCUUGUUAUGCUGUUAAGCUUGUUUGAAGACGAGAUUAUGUCCUAUGUCCCGCCUCAUGCCUUACUUCACCCCAGUUAUUGCCAGUCUCCACGUGGUUCCCCUGUAUCAUCACCUCAGAAUUCCCCAGGUACCCAGAGAGCCAAUGCCCGAGCUCCAGCUCCUUACAAGAGGGACUUCGAAGCGAAGCUUAGAAACUUCUACAGAAAGCUUGAAACAAAAGGAUAUGGACAAGGACCAGGAAAGUUAAAGUUGAUUAUCAGAAGGGAUCACUUACUUGAAGAUGCAUUCAAUCAAAUUAUGGGCUGUUCCAGGAAAGAUCUUCAAAGAAAUAAACUCUAUGUUACAUUUGUUGGGGAGGAAGGGCUGGAUUACAGUGGCCCCUCUCGGGAGUUCUUUUUUCUCGUGUCCAGAGAACUCUUCAAUCCAUAUUAUGGCUUGUUUGAAUAUUCUGCUAAUGAUACUUACACUGUGCAAAUCAGCCCGAUGUCUGCAUUUGUUGACAAUCAUCAUGAAUGGUUUAGGUUCAGUGGUCGAAUCCUUGGCCUUGCUCUCAUCCAUCAGUAUCUGCUUGACGCCUUUUUCACCAGACCAUUUUACAAAGGUCUUCUUAGAAUAUCUUGUGAUCUUAGUGAUCUGGAAUAUUUGGAUGAAGAAUUUCACCAGAGUCUGCAGUGGAUGAAGGAUAAUGAUAUCAGUGAUAUCUUAGACUUAACAUUUACUGUGAAUGAAGAGGUCUUUGGUCAGAUUACAGAGAGGGAACUGAAACCAGGUGGAGCAAAUAUUCCUGUUGCAGAAAAAAACAAAAAAGAAUACAUUGAAAAGAUGGUAAAAUGGCGCAUUGAGAGAGGUGUCGUGCAACAAACAGAGAGCUUAGUCCGAGGCUUCUAUGAGGUGGUGGAUGCUCGGCUUGUAUCUGUGUUUGAUGCAAGGGAAUUAGAAUUAGUGAUUGCAGGCACUGCAGAAAUAGAUUUAAGUGACUGGAGGAACAAUACAGAGUACAGAGGAGGAUACCACGAUAACCACAUAGUGAUCAGAUGGUUUUGGGCUGCAGUGGAAAGGUUUAACAAUGAGCAGAGACUAAGGUUACUGCAGUUUGUCACAGGUACAUCAAGUAUACCCUAUGAAGGUUUUGCUUCGCUACGUGGCAGCAAUGGACCACGAAGAUUUUGUAUUGAGAAAUGGGGCAAAAUCACCUCACUUCCAAGGGCUCAUACCUGUUUCAAUCGGUUAGAUCUCCCUCCAUACCCAUCCUUCUCAAUGUUGUAUGAAAAGAUGUUGACUGCUGUGGAAGAGACAAGUACUUUUGGACUGGAGUAACAAGAUGUUUUGAAAUAAGCUCAUUUCCUCUAAUUUUCUCAUGGACCUCCUUGAAAUGAAGGGUGUGAUGGCAUUUUCAGACUCACUUUAGUGAAUUCAAUGGGAUUUGGAUUAACAAAGAAUCAAUCUUAGCUUUACAAGACCUAGUGAAGAGAAAGCAUGCAUGUGGAAGAUGAAGAUUACUGAAUCCAGAUAAUUAUGGUACACGUUCUCCUGAAUUAUUGUGUGUCUGUUAUGAAAAAUAAAGGGAUGGAACUGAAACCCUCACAUGCAGUAUCUUGCUGCUACUGCUGUUGAAUAUAAAAUGACUAUUUUUUUUGUGAAGAAAAGCACUUAAGAAAUGACAAAGGCUUCUACAGAGAUGGGUUAAUGCUUCUCUUGAUAACUGAUAAUCCUUUGAAAGUGAAUGAUUUUUUAAUGAGAUUUACUUCAAACCCUGUUUUGAAGUGAAGUUUGUUUUUUUUUAAACUGCGAUAUGCCUAUAGUGUCUAAAGAAAACAAUGUACUUGUUAAUAAAAUAUUGGUCUUCAUAUACCUGUUAUUGCAUGGUAUACAAUUGCAAAGUAUGGAAAGUACAAUUACAGCUCCAUUGUCAGUAUGGCACACUAAAACCAUCAUUUAUGAAAUUUAGUUUUAUUUAAUCUUUUUAAUAUAUUCUGUACAAGUCUUGUAUGAUCUUUAAAUUAUCCAAACUGGACAUCACGGAGAUGUCUGGUAGUGCAUACUUUCUGCUUAUUCUAAUCAAAGUUUAUUUGAAUCAAAGUUGUUUAGUUGAACUGCUCCAGAGAAAUUGGAAAGCCUGAUUUUUUUUUAUUUUAUAUAUAAAAGUUUUCAAAAACAAGAUUUUUUUAAUAAUUGCACUGGAUGUACCAAAGUAAGAAGGAAUAAAUUAUUUCUGUUCACAUAAAUUGGGUGCAUGGUAUAAUAUGCAGAAUUAUCAAAGCAAAUUUUCAGAUAUUUUAUUGUAUUGUGAGUAAUAGGACUGUAUACAAAAAUUAGCUUUUGAAAAACGUUUCUCCCUCCUAAACAAAGUAGAAUAACUUUGCAGCAGUAGAUCAGGUAUCUGUUCUAUGAAAACUUAAAUUAACAACAUUUUAUAAAGAAAUGGAAUUUCAAAUCACUAUAAAACAGAGUAUUUAAAAGUCUAUGAGUGAGGGCAAUUUUCUUUUAGAUGAAGAGACUUAUGUAUUACAUGGUACGCUAUUAACAAUGAAUUUGCAUGACAACUAUAGGGCUCAAGUGAAACUUUACUGAUGCAAAGUACUCUGUUUUCUAGUAUUUAUUGUCUAUGUAAAAUUCCAGGUUUUUGUUAUCAUUAUUAACAUUUGAAAAUAAUGUAUACAGUUAACUUGUGCUGCUUCAGAUCCACAGUGCUCGUUAAUUCAAAAAUUAAACUAUUUAACCUUCAGCAGCUCAGUCUAUAAGCGUUGCACUGAUGUGAGAAAAAUUGGUUCCAGUCUAAAAGGAUAUAUUAAAAAUAUUGCUUCUAAUUUACAUUGUUUGUCAAAUUGUGUAAAAGCAAACUUGACUAAAUUCAUAUCCUGCUCUCUUUGGAUAUGAAUUUUGGACCCCCGAAUUGCUGUUGCCCUACUGCACCAUAUUCAUGCACAUCGUAUUGCAAUGGGCCAUGAUGGACAAUGGUAAAGCAGUUCACAUUUUUAAUUUCAAUGAUGCAUUCUUUAAGAACUGCUUGCCAAUAUAUAGAACUAGUAUUUUUUUCUUAUCCACUACGCUAUCCAUUGACAAUGGGGUGGUGCUGAAAUAUUACAUAACAAAAUAAUGUAAAUGACUUUGGGGAAAUACAUUUUUUCAUGAAAAUAGAGCACUUCACUCUGGUCACAGCAUAAACAGUGACAUUUCUGGUACUCUCCCACCAUUUUUAUAUGGUGUCCAACAAUUAUAUUUUGUUUGUCAUUUCAGUUCAAACGUGCUAUGUGGCUAAUCAUAUACAACUAAUGGAAAUAUGUCGGUCACAUUUUCAAGCUCUCAAUCUCACAUUUUAAAUCAGUUUGUUGGAAUUAUGCAGAAAUUUGUACACAAUUGUUAUUUAAAUAAGCUGAAAAUACUUAUUAUUGUUGUCAACUAUGAUUUAAUGAAAAUGUUUUUAACGUACCAAAAUAUGAAUUACUUUGUUUUAUUUUCAUAGUGUAUAUAUAUUUUAUUUGAAAC